AUGAGUGAUUUUUCUGCACAGGGCGCAGGUGUUCCGACAGAGCCCGCCGGGCCGAUUCAUCAGGGGAGAGAGGCGGCGGAACCGUCGGGCUGCCAUUUGCCGGUGGGAGAGUCCGUGUCUUCUGAAAGCCGCGUGUCCAUGUGGCACUUGAUUGAUGAGCGGCCUCUGCCUAGCGAGGCGGACGACAACAUCCCGGAGUCUGAAGAUUUAAAUUUUCUUCUUGAGGAUUCGGCUGUUGAUGAGGGUGAGUGGUACAGAGAGAUCAGGGACGAGGAUCAUGGUGUCGCUCCCAGUGAGUUUCCGCCUGGAUUGGACGUUGAAUCGCAAAUCGGCAGAGAGAGCGAGGAUCCCGUGCAUGAGGUCUCUGAUUCUUCGUUCUCCAGAUUGGCUGCUCACAGCUCCUUCAAGAGGCUAAGGCUGGAACGACCAAGGCAGGCGUGGGAGAGCCAUCCGACCUUUAACCGGAAGUCGGGUAGCUCGUCACUUCAUGCUUGGGCGAGUGCUGCUUUCCUUCCAUCGGUGGGUGUGCGAGAGACUUUAAACUUUCCGAAGCCGGAAGAGAGCUACGGAGGGGAAGAUGCAGCCCAUGUGCCUUGGACCAUCGAGCGACGACUGAAGGGAGUCCGCAUUCAGAGGUCCGAUGAAGAUGAGAGAAAUCAUGCUCUGAAGAAGCUUAAAGCUGUGGUGCUCCUGGACCCUUUGGCUACGGCUCUGGGUAAAAGUUUAGUGCAGAAAACGGGUGCUCUUGAGACGGAGGAGAUCAUUGCAGCGAGUUUUAGCGAUGCUUUCAGUUCAAAAUCGGCGGGUACGCUCACCAAAAGGGCUGGCUCUUUGCAGAGGCUGGUGGUUCAACUUUAUAAGCAAGGGGUGGCUUCUCCGUGGCGCAUGGAGGAGGCAGACUUGUAUUCGGCUUUGACCACACUGCGUGAGGAAGGUUGUGGGGCAACAUCACCAGCUCACAUGUUGGAGAGUUUACAUUUUCUUCAUGCCAUUGCAAGAUUUUUGCAUUUGGAUUUGGAGCUGGUGAUCUCUGCUAGAUGCAAGGGUGUGCGGCGACUUGAAGAGGCAAUGGUGAGAGCUGGCCCGGUUGGUCAAUGUAUCUUGGGACAGAUUUUAUUUUGCGUGCAUGCCGUUUGUCGCUGGAAGGAUUCCCAGAAACUAAAACUUUUGGAGCUGCUGGGCACGGGAGAGAGCCAGAUUCUGUUUGGGGAUGCUCUGGGAAGCAAGACGUCUUUGAGCAAGGAGGCCAAGACAAAAUUUACACCAUACGCGGCGCUGGCGCAGGGGCUUACUGAAUGCUCUUGGGCGCGCUUGUGGAUUGAAGCCAGACGCCAGUGUAGGCUCAAGUUCGGUGCUGGACCGGAUGGCUUUUGCCUUCCUACGAGGUCUCAGCGACUGGAUGAGUGGGGCUCCACGCCUAUGGGAGCUGGUGAGGCGUCUUCCUACUUAGCGGAGAUUUUGGAAGGCUCUGAAACGGAGGGACAAGUUCUGGGAACACAUUCCUUGAAACUUUUAGCUCUUUACCGCUCGAUUCGAAGCGGAGCUUUUCAGCCAGAUCUCGCGCCUGCCGACAGGGUGCUACAAGUUGCUGACGCCUUGGCCGCGGCUGAGGAAGGUCAAGGCCUGGGCACAGGAGCGCGGGAUGAGGCGGCCGCAGAGCAGUUGGCUGGGUUUGAGGGCGAAUCGGAGGACUCCGCAGAUGAUGCUGAGGCCGACGGGCCCUUUGAGCUUCCAGGCCAACCUGCAGUGAGAGUGCCGUUUGCUAAUGUCGAUGUUUCUCAGUGCCGGAUUCAUAGUAUAUCAGGCAUUGCGCAUUGCCUUCGGGAUGCAAGCUUCUUCUACUGUGGUCGUUUGUGCACUUCGAGAUACUCCAGAUAUUCUGGAGUUGGGACUGAAGAUCCCGAUGUAUGCAUGCAAUGUACGAGAGCCAUGAACGAGUGA